AUGUCUGACGAAUCGUUUGAGGAUUCAGAUGGCAGUGUUUUAAAACGAACCUCUUCAAAUAGUUCCUCAUCGCAUCCACUUACCGCACAACAAGUCCCAGAUAUUCAUGCUUCAUCACCCACCACGACAACACUAUUAACUUCUACCCAUCACCCUCGUCAUAUCUUAAAACACCAUUCCAAUAUUUUACCUCCUCCAAAACCUUCAUUGUUGGGAUCAAAUGUUGCAUUUGCACCUCCUCUUACUCCUCUCUCUCGACCCCAGCGAGAUCAUUCUCGUUUGGUUGAAUCUGCUCCACCUCAACGCUUGCCCCAACCAUCUUUGUCACAUCCUCAACAACUACACCAAACUUCUUCCCAUGGACUCCUUAACUCCGCAUUUUACAAUGAUGACAUGUCUCUAUCCAGAGUUGUGAACGAGACUACUCCUGCAAGACCUACUUCCAUUGCAGAUUUGGUAUCUCCAGCUAACCAUUCUGACACAACAUUCAACAUGGUACAACCCAGACCUCUUUCAAAUAUGGGGAACAACACUGGCUCACAUUCCCAGUUUUCAAUCCGCCAUCGUGUGCCUAGAGUUUCAAACGGGGUUGAAUCAUCAGUGUGCACCAGGCAAGCAGAUGGAGAGAUGGGGGUUGACGAGGAAGGAGAUAACGGGGGAGAUGAGGCAGAAGCUGAUGGCGAUGAUGACGACGAUGACGAUGACGAAGUUGAUACAGAAAGGGAACAAUCUCCCAUGCUGGCUGCAAAAGCUUUAACUAAUAUUAUUAAGCCUAAAAAGCGCAAAUACACUACUAACAAGAAUGAAAUCAAAAUCAACAAGCGUGUGAUGGCCUCUGAUACUCCAGAAGUUAUUAAAAUGUUUAAGAAGUUUGAUAACGAAGUGUUGAGUAAUGAGGAAGCAAGAAACAAGCUAUUGGUUUUAGGAUUCGAGACAAGAAAGAGAUAUAUCACUACAAUUAAACACUACAUUCGUUUCUGUGUUACCAAAGGACUAAAAGAGUUUUUAGUAACUGGGGAAUUAAUGAAAGAAUUCUACGAACAACAAUUCAGCAUCAGUGGUAGUGAUAAUCCUAUUAUUCGACUUCGAAAAAUGGAUCCAGCUUUUUCAAAGUUGCAGGAAGUUAACAAUAUUGCCUAUAAGCUAAACUCAAAACAUAUACCUAACAGAUACAUAGCUUUGGAGUUUUUGAUUAGCAAAGAGAACUCUAGCGGUGUCGAUAACACUUCUUUGAGCGAUGAUAGCGCUAUAAAAAGAAGACCGGGUUCAGAGCAUUCUGUGUCCAGCAUUGAAAUUAUGAGAUCUUCAUCCACUCCACCCAUCACAGCCAAUACGAGGUUUACUAGAAGCGCUUUUGAUAUUAGAGGAACACAAGUUCCACAACCAAGAACACCUCUUAAACGGGAAACUUCAAAGCUUGAAGUUCAAAUCCCUGGUACUAUGAUACCCGCACCAGUUACUCCAGCAUCACCUGCACCAUCCACAUCUCCAGCUUCUACAAAGGAAUCUAGUAGAUUAAGACAAUCAAGAAAGAGCGGUGGAAUAAACAAAGAAUCUGGUUCAACCAAUUUACCUGUUCGUGAGAAAAAGGUCAAGGGUAAAUUAAGAAAACUAGAUGAAAAUUUCAUGACCACUGUGAAUAAGGCAAUCACUGAAAUUAAUCUUGCCAUAUCUAACAAGCACAAGUUUAUCAAUCAAGAAAUCGAUUCAUUAUUUUUAAACAAGCGUCUAAAGGCUAGUGAUAGACUUGAUUUCAAAUUGAAUAUGAACAACAAACUUUUAGCUAUGAAGUUUGAAAUUGAAGAUUACAUAGCAGGAUUGAAGGAUAAUUUACGCUUGAGACAGGAAAAGAGUGGUAACAAUUCCGAAGUCAAGAUAGAAAAUUUUGGCGAGCCAGAUACUGAAUCAGACACAGAAGAAGAUAUUGAGAAUGACAAAAACGAUAAUGAUAAUCUGGAUGAUGAAGCAGAUGGAAUAAAUGAGGAUGACGAAGAUUAUGAAAUGGGUCAUGAUGACAGUGAAAUCAGAAAGACUACAAAAAAGAUAGCUAUGAAUAAUGAAAUUUUUACUAUUUAUGAGAUCUUAGAAGAAUGGUAUGUUGUUGAACCUACCAUUGAAAGUCGACUUAAGAAUGAUAAACUUAAUUGGGUUAAGAAUGAAAUUGAUUUACAUAUUUUCAACGAAAGAAAGUUAAUUAUAGAUUUUAUCGAAAGAAUCUCUGUGGAAUUCGAUGAAGAUCGAUUCCUUCUGGCUAAUCAUUGUGAUAGGUAUAUCAGAGAGAAACUGAUUUUGGAUGAGUUUAUUAGUGAGAUUGAGUUAGACUCUGUUGAUUUGUUUAGGAGAAUUAUCCGCUACAGACAAGGCAAUUAA